AUGUCCGCGCCCAGCUCCUCGCUAAGCGACUACUGGCAACGAGAACUCCAAGCCCAUUGCCAGAAGAUCGGGCUGCCUGCCCCUGUUUUUCACAUCAUCUCCGACCGACGAGGCGGCCGAACGGCGUGGUCCAGCUUUGUCGAGCUCAAGGUCGCCAACGUCAGCUCCCCGUACUGGUUCGACGGCGAAUACACCAACAACGCCAAAGAGGCCGCCGCCGAGGCCGCCCUCAAGUGGCUCCAGAACCCGAGCAUGACGCCGACCUUUUACACAGGGCCCGGCGCGCCCCCGACGAACAACAUGUACGCGCGAAAUCUGCGCCGCUAG